CCAGGUAGUCACUAUUAAGCAUCCAGGGAGGGUCUUUCUUAUAUGCUGGUGCUUCCCAGGACUGCUGGAAUUACCACGGAGGAGAAAGCUGGGAAGAGCCCAGGCAGGACAGGUCCACAGCUCCCAAGGACCUCCACUUUUAUCACAUGGAUCUGCACAGCUCUGAAGACAGACUGCAGAUCUUCCCAGAGGAAAACAAUAGACUGAGGAGAGAAACAGUCCAAGCUGAAAUGAGCCACGAGCCAAUGGAGGCAGGGGAAGGCCAAGCUCAAAGAGACCUCCAAGAAGAAGUGGAUGAACUUGUCCAUUUAUAUGGGCUAGAGGAUGACCACGAGUUAGGGGAUGAGUUUGUUGAUGAAGACAGGAUGGGGGUGCCGAUGUACCCUCCUUAUGGAAUGAAGAGGAGGGAGCCAACCAGGGAGCAGCGAGACUGGAGACUUGGGGGAGAGGCUGGGGCUGAGGACCAGGGCUACACAGGGUGGGGCACGGCAGCCCAGAGCCAGGCCUUGCGGGAAGCCUACAGGUACACACACGGCUGCGCCAGUGAAGAGUACGAGUGCUACGUCAUCCCAGAAGAGGAAGACGAGGAAGAAGCUGCCGACCUCUUCUGUGUCACUUGCAGAACUCCCGUCAGAGCUGUUGAGAAGGAUUUUGAUGAGCACAAGGAGCAUGAAGUGACCCCACUCAAUAAAGCCCUAGAGAGCGCCAAGGAUGAAAUUCACAAAAACAUGUACAAGUUGGAGCAGCAGAUAAUCGAGAUGGAAAAUUUUGCAAGUCACUUGGAGGAGGUUUUCAUCACUGUGGAGGAGAAUUUUGGAAAACAAGAACAAAACUUUGAGUCACAUUACAAUGAGAUCUUGGAAACGCUCGCCCAAAAGUAUGAAGAAAAAAUACAAGCUCUAGGAGAGAAGAAGAAAGAGAAGCUGGAGGCCUUGUAUGGACAGCUGGUCAGUUGUGGGGAAAACCUUGAUACCUGCAAAGAACUGAUGGAAACCAUAGAGGAGAUGUGUCAUGAGGAGAAGGUUGACUUCUUAAAGGACGCGGUGGCCAUGACUGACAGGCUCGGGAAAUUCCUGAAAACAAAAACAGACGUGGAAAUCUCUGCACAGCCUGACUUUGAAGACCAGACCUUGGACUUCUCUGAUGUGGAACAGCUGAUGGGUUCCAUGAACACCAUUCCGGCUCCUUCUGCUCCCGUGAUAAACCCACAGGCCCCCAACUCAGCCACAGGUUCCUCCGUCCGGGUGUGCUGGAGCUUAUAUGCCGAUGACACUGUAGAGAACUAUCAGUUGUUCUACCGGCCAGUGUGGGACAAUUUACCUGGGAAGGAGCAAGCAGAGUUUACAGUGACCGUCAAAGAAACAUACUGUUCAGUGACGAACCUUGAACCAAAUACCCAGUAUGAAUUCUGGGUCAUAGCUCAGAACAGGACCGGCUCCAGUCCCUCCAGCGAGCGUGCAGUGUACAUGACAGCCCCUUCUGCCCCCAUUAUAAAAAUCGAAGAGAUAAGGAGCUGCGAAGAGGCUGUGCUCAUCUGCUGGGAGUCUGGGAACCUGAAUCCCGUGGACUCCUACACCGUGGAGCUGACCCAGGCAGAAGCACCGGCAGCCUCAGGGGUCACCGAGUCCGUGGUGGGCAUCCCAACCUGUGAGUCGCUGAUACAGCUGCAGCCUGGGCAGAGCUACACAAUCUGCGUGCGAGCCCUCAACGUGGGGGGCCCCAGUGCCAGAAGCGCCCCUGCUACGGUCCGCACCACAGGAAGCUACUUUCCCCUGAACAAGGCCACCUGCCACCCCUGGCUGACCAUUUCAGAAGAUGGGUUGACAGUGAUCCGAAGCGAAAGGAAAAGCCUCACCCAGGAGCUGCCGCCCCACCAGACCCGGUUCACCAGGUGUGUUGCCGUCAUGGGAAAUCUAAUUCCCAUCCAAGGGCGCCAUUACUGGGAGGUGGAGGUGGAUGAGCAUUUGGACUACACGGUUGGUGUGGCCUCUGAAGAUGUCCCUAAGCAGGAGGACCUGGGUGCAAAUGGCCUCUCCUGGUGCAUGAGGCACACAUUUGACUCAAGGCAUAAGUAUGAAUUUCUGCACAACAGGACAACUCCAGAUAUAAGAAUAACUGUUCCUCCAAAGAAGAUCGGCAUCCUAUUAGACUAUGAGAAUUCAAAGUUGUCAUUUUUCAAUGUGGACAUUGCUCAGCAUCUAUACACAUUCAGUUGUCAGCUUCACCAAUUUGUGCACCCCUGUUUUUCUCUGGAAAAGCCUGGGUGUCUGAAGAUACGUAAUGGCAUUUCAAUGCCGAUGCAUGCCACUUUCUGUUAGACCCUCCUCACGUCUUUUCCUUUCUUGCUUCUGUGCCUUCAACAACUUGUGCCUCAGCUGGCUGAACCUGGCAUUCAGGCACCACGUCUCUGGCGUCGCCUGUGGCUCAGGCUGUGACCUGGCAGGCCGACACAGUAGGCACUGCUGCCUGUGUGACGCUAGGGUAGUCCUCAGCAGGCUGAGCUGUAAAGUGAAGGAAAUGUGGGAUCUAAGUGAACUCAGAGGCCUCUCAAGUGGUCAAACUCCAUCUGUUUAUAUCUGUAAGAUACUGUGUCUUCCAGGUUUCCAGAGCUUGGGAGAAGUGAGGAAGUCUUAAAACUUUAGCAGCCACUGUGCAUUCGUACUUCAUAGUCACCAAGAACAGACCUGACAGGCUGCACUUGAAAGCCUCGGACCUUCCUGCUUCCCAAAGGUGCACUCGACACCCAGUAACGCCCCGUCCUCGCCCUCACCAUGCUCAGGCCACUCUGGUUUGAAAUCACCUCUGUCAUACCCACUUCUGUGAAGGCUGGGACAGUGUCUGAUUCAUCGCUUGCACCUUAAGGGCUAACACACAGCAGGCGCACCCCAAAUGCUUAUUAAGUAUCUUCCUUCAACCAUUGCUCUUUGGCCUUGCUACUCUCCAUGUGAGCCAUGUGGGCACUUUCAAAAACCAGCCAAGCACCUGUGGCCAAGCAGGGGACAGAGACAGCUGAAGGGGAGAGGGGCACCUGGGGAACAUGGCACAUUCCUAACGGCGGCCGAAGACACACACCACGGCCUACACCUGAACACGGGUUUCCAUUGUAUAUGCAGGGUGUGUGUGUGUGUGUGUGUGUGUGUGUGUGGUGGCGGGGGGGGGGUGGUACAACACUCCUGCAAUGUGAAGAGUCAAAUUUGAAACUGGAGGGCCUGGAUUUCACUACUUUGCCUUAUGACAUGGAAAAGUCACCUCAUUUUCCAGCCUGUUUUCCUUCAAACCAAGGGAAACGUAAUACUGCUUGUCUCAUAGAGUCGGGAGAUUUAAUGACAAGCCUCAGAGGCCCUAAGAGUUCACAGCAUGCAGCGAGUGCACAAUUUCUUCAAUCAUCCAUGCACCGAGGGGCAAGGUUGUGCACUGGUGGGCAGUGGUCUCUGGCCAGCGGCUCACUGGAAGCCCACCUCACGGCCCUGUGCCCUCCAGUGACCUCGGGCCCCAACCGUCAGCUGCGUUCCUGGCUCUCCAGCUCACAGCCCCAGCAGCCAGGUAAGCGCUGCACACAGCACUGCCAAAGCUGAGGCAAGCUGCGGAGGAAGAAGUGCACUUGUGGAGUAGUUCGCACGAGAGACAAUUUAGUAUCCUGCACCACGGACACCUUCUAAACAUGAUAUACCCUAAGCUCAUCACUUAGGGUUUUUUUUAGGUGCAAAAAUCUUUUAAUUUAAACUCAAGUUUUCUAGACACUCAAAAGUCUGAUCCGUGGGCCACCUUCAUUUUCUAUGGAACUCUCUACUGGUGUGAAGAGCAGCUCAGAUUCCCAAAUUAACCAUUCACCCUGACAAUGUAACAACUUGUUACACACAUACUUAUACACACAACACACACACAGCUGCCAUGACAAACUGGAUCACCCUCCCUGAAAUAAGAUGCAGCAGAUGUAAGUACAGAAAUGGCUCAGUUGUAAACAAUUAAAAUAUACAUAUGUACAUACUCAAAAAUGUUCCCAGCUAUUAAAACAGAAGCUACCAAGUAGGAAAGAAGGUAUCAUACCUAUGGCAUGUUUGAAUACAGGGUUUCAGAAGGCUUUAUGGAAUAUUUCACCAAAAUAAUAUGAACAUGGAUUAAAAACUUGAUACUUGCUUAGGUUUUAAUAAAUAUUUAUUAGAACAAGAA